UCACUUGUGAUACAACACAUGGAGACUCAGGCUGGGUAGUGCCUUACUGAACAAGUAGCCUCACUAAUUGAGAACAGUGUAUGCAGGUGAGAGAAAAGAGUGGGUGCAAUGGAGAGCAGCGAGGCAGCUGGCUGACUAUCAUGAACCACUGUGUGCUUUAGCUGCUGUGCUCCUGAGUGCCCAUAGGGUAUACAUGGGGAAGGCUGCUCAACUUGGUGAAGCACAGGAGGUCCUCAGUUAAGUCGUCGUUGUCAUUAAGCCAUUGCUUGUUAAAUUCCUCCUCUGGGGGUGGCUUUGCUUUUAUGACCUGUCUUGUCUUUGUGUGUCCUGUGCGUGGAAGGUGUUUAGAAACCGAAGUUUAACCCCUGUUGUGCCCUUGGCUUUCACGCAUCUCCUGAGCUGAGACUCUGGCGUGAAGAAGGGAGAGAAGGAACAGAAGGAAGGGAUGGGUGUUGGAUGUGAUGGGAGACCGGUGUGCUGGGAACUUCUCGUGCGGCAGGAACGGAGGACUUCAGUCUGUCAAAUGAAAAAGAUGCUCACGCCAGUGACAAUGAUGAGAACUCAGAUCGUGGCAACUGGUCGAACAAAGCUGACUACCUUCUCUCCAUGGUGGGCUACGCCGUGGGCCUGGGCAACGUCUGGCGUUUUCCAUAUCUCACCUACCAGAACGGCGGAGGUGCUUUCCUAAUCCCAUACACAUUGAUGUUGGCAUUAGCUGGCUUGCCUUUAUUUUUCAUGGAAUGCUCCCUUGGGCAGUUUGCCAGCCUAGGCCCCAUUUCCAUCUGGAGAAUAUUACCAUUGUUUCAAGGAGUGGGUGUCACGAUGGUCAUCAUCUCAACGUUUGUGGCAAUCUAUUACAACGUCAUCAUUGCCUAUGCACUCUACUACUUGUUUGCCUCAUUUCAAAAAGUGCUUCCAUGGUCGGAUUGCUUUUCCUGGGCAGAUGAGUUCUGCAGCAAAACACGCCUAGUAAAGGACUGCAGUGCAAUGUUAGGUGGAGAAAUCAUUCAUGCAAACUACUCGUUCAUCACAAGCAACAACCUCACGUGUAUCAAUGGCACCAUCAAUUAUAAACCAGUGCAGUUUCCCAGUGAACAGUAUUGGAAUAAAGUGGCUCUUCAGCGCUCCACUGGGCUGGACGAGACUGGCAACGUUGUGUGGUACCUGGCCCUCUGCCUGCUCCUGUCCUGGAUGAUCGUUGGAGCUGCCUUGUUUAAAGGCAUAAAAUCUUCUGGAAAGGUUGUCUAUUUUACUGCACUCUUCCCAUAUGUCAUCCUACUCAUCUUGUUGGUGCGAGGAGCCACCCUGGAAGGUGCUUUGGAUGGCAUUGAAUAUUACAUUGGGAAACAGUCCAACAUCACGAAGUUGAUGGAGGCAGAGGUUUGGAAGGAUGCAGCCACUCAGAUAUUCUACUCCCUCUCUGUGGCAUGGGGUGGACUCGUUGCUUUGUCUUCAUACAACAAGUUCCACAACAACUGCUACUCAGAUGCCAUUUUUGUUUGUGUAACAAACUGCCUCACCAGCGUAUUCGCCGGGUUUGCAAUUUUCUCUGUCCUGGGACAUAUGGCAUUCGUGUUGAAGAGACCUGUCUCAGAGGUCGUGGACUCAGGAUUCGAUCUGGCUUUUGUAGCCUACCCUGAGGCUCUCUCCAAGUUACCAGUUUCCCCUCUUUGGUCCUUCUUAUUUUUCUUCAUGCUUCUGCUUUUGGGCCUUGACUCCCAGUUUGCCACUAUAGAAACACUUACAACCACCAUACAAGAUAUAUAUCCCAAAAUGAUGAAAAAGUUGAGAAUCCCUAUAACCCUGGGUGUGUGUGUAUUGCUCUUCUUUCUUGGUCUUAUCUGUGUUACUCAGGCAGGAAUUUACUGGGUGAACUUAAUAGAUCACUUCUGUGCUGGAUGGGGAAUUCUUUUUGCUGCAGUCCUGGAGAUAAUAGGCAUCGUCUACAUUUAUGGAGGAAACAGAUUUAUUGAAGACAUAGAGAUGAUGAUUGGGAAGAAGAGCUGUUUCUUCUGGAUGUGGUGGAGGAUGUGCUGGUUUUUCAUUACUCCUGUGCUGUUAGUGGCAAUUUUGGUCUGGUCGUUAGUGACGUUUACAGCUCCCACUUAUGGCUCAGUGCCAUAUCCAACAUGGGGAACUGCUGUUGGCUGGUGUAUGAUCAUCUUCUGUGUCAUCUGGAUUCCCAUUGUGGCUGUUGUAAAAAUAUUUAAAGCAGAAGGAAACCUUUUUCAGCGCAUCGCAAGCUGCUGCAGACCCACAGCAAACUGGGGUCCCUACCUGGAAUGUCACCGGGGAGAAAGAUACAGCCACGUUGUAACUCCCAAAAAGGAAAAGGAGCAUGAGAUUCCUACUGUGUCUGGCUUUAUGUACUUCCGAGAAUGAGAUGGCUCUUUGGAUGAUCAACUUUUAACAUAGAUGUGUGUUUUCUUUAACUGUUAGAAAGUGACAAUGCAAAACAACAAUCAACCUUCUGCCCUUCCAAGUUCAGCCUUCAGAUGCAAGCAAGCCCCAUUAUUUAUUUGUAGUGUUGUAUUCUUGGGGAAGAACAGAUCUUCCCAGGUAACCAGGUCUGAGAGGGCAGGAGGAGGCUUUGCAGCCUCCCCAGGCUGAUGGACUGGGCAUGCUUGGUCCCAUCCCACCAGUAUCCAGCUGGACUGUGCCUACUGGCGUGGAGAAGAAUAAAAACACACCCUGGUGCUUCCCAGCUACAUGAAAUUUAAGCCAAACGGUGCUGUACUUGCAUGCACAUCUGUGCUGUGGGCAGCAUGUAGCUCUUCCUUCUGCUGUGUGCCCUUUGCAGUGCUGCAUGGGGCUGUGCUGUUGCCUGGCCCUGCAGCUCAGAGAACAUGAAGACUUUUUCUUAAAACCUUGCUCAAUGCUGUGAGGCUGCUCAGGAUCUGAUGUUCACUACACAGUGUGUUCAUUUUGUCUAUGCACCUAAAUACUGAGUGGCAAGAAGUUGCCAUCACUGGAAAUAAGGCGGUGAGAAGCGGCCUGCUUUAUCAUUAUUUCUCUUGGAGCCCACCAAGUCACCUUUUGUUGUGUCAUGCUCUGUGCCCAGCAUUCAGCCAUUUAUAAUUCAGAAAUCCCAUAUCUCCAAUAAUCUGUCCUUGGUCUCUGCAGCCCCCAAUGGCAACCUUUGAUUUCUGCUCUCCAUGCAGCCAGCAAGGCUUGUUCUCUCCUGGGAUUUUCCUUGCAAGGGAAAGCAGAGUGCUUUCUAAGGGUUCAAACAGUGUCAUCAGUCUUUGGAUAGAGCUAGAAGAAGCAGAACCGCCAGGUGAAGGUUAGAAUUGACUUUGUAAUACCAGUAGUCCAACAUUUGCUGAUGUGUGAGAAUACUGAAAAGUGAGGAAGUCUGUGAUGUAUUUGGGAGAGCAGACUUUUGCUUUUACCUUGGAACUAGUGGGAUAGCUGGAGAGCUGACCUCACUCACAAUAGGACUGAAUUCCCCUCUUAAAAAAAAAAACCCAAAACAAGGCUUUAUGGAAUGAAAGCAUACAUUUUCUGUGCUGGGGCAUGUCUCUCUCACUGUGAUAAUUGUUCCUCAGGAACAGUGCAGCAGGGUUUCUCAUCCCUUCCUCUCAGGGCUUUGUCACUGUUUCUAAACAUUGAAGGACUGUGGAUCGUGGCUCGUUGCCCAAGACGCACACCUCGCUGUAUGUUUUGUACUGAUUUUUUUUUUGUGACAAAUCAACACUUGAUUGCAAAUAAAAUGUAAUUUUCUGUUUUUAAUGGCUCUUUGGAGCUGCA